AUGAUCGGAGUGGUUAGUCGACGCAUUCCGCUGAAAGCGAUUCAGCGCAGUGUGACGAUGUCUUCAAGGAUGGCAGACAAGUCGCCAGCAGUUGUAAAUUCGUCGCAAAUCUCGAAGAAAAAAGAUGAUGAUAUGCUGGAAACGAUUGAUAUUGAAGAUCUUCCAAGAGCUCAAAAGCGUUUUGCAAAGCAAUUUGAAAAGGUCAACGAAGAACGCGUAAAAGAACUAUUCGCGCGCAACUAUAAAAACCAUGCGGCGUUUGCGACACUUCUCGCCGUCGUCGUCGGCAUUUACUGGUACACAAUGUACUCGGUGAAGCAGGAGACAUUUUUGGAAGAAAUCGACCAAGAAAUGGCGGCAACAAAGCCAGAAACUCAUGGGCAUUUGGCGAAAACUGCCUAA